UCUUAUAGAGGUAUAAUAAUUCUGUCGGGCUCCUGGUAAGCACAGACAUCUCUGACAGCAUCGUCAUAUUUGUGCCUCUGACGUGGGAGUAUAUUCAUCAUAUAGAGUGCUUAUCAUCCCCAAAUGAAUGGAGAAUUUCGGAAGACUGGUCAAAGACUUUCCAGAGCAGUAUUUGACAUGCUUCAAAGCCUACAAAGCCUCCAUUGAGAAGAAAGACAGAGACAACUUCAACCAUUUCUACAGAUCAACGGCCCUGGAUGCUAUUCUUUGUGAUUCAGGGACUGAUGCUCGUGUGCUGGGGAUUGGGAGUGGAUCCGGAGAGGUUGAUAGCAUCAUUCUAAAGAAACUACUACAGCGCCACAACAGUGUGUACAACAGGGUUGUGGAACCAGCGGAAGACCUCAUUGAGCGAUACAAGGCACGGGUGCGUGAAGACACCAGCCUCCAAGCCGUGGAGUUCGACUGGCGCCAACAGACGGCGGAAGAGUACUUCCUGACAGAAGAACCUGUGACAACAACGUUCAAUCUGGUCCAUGCAGUCCACGUUCUCUACCACGUGAAAGACCUGCACGCCACCUUGCGGAACAUGUGGGAACAGCUGGCAGACGGUGGUCACAUGGUGGUCCAGAUUAAGUCAGAUAAUGGCGUCGGCGGAAGGUUGUAUGACAAGAUGUGGGAGCAUUUCGGCGAAGGUGACCGCCUGAAGUCGGUGUUCCGUAUGUCGUGUGACAUCAAAGAGUGGCUCGACAACAUGGGUAUCGGCUACGACACUUCCGAAGAAGAUACCAACAUCAACGUAACCGAGUGCUUCAAGGAGAACUCUGAGACAGGGAUGCGGCUUCUUGAAUUCUUCACGCUCACACCUUACAUAGCAAACGAACCGGAAUUAAGAUCUACUGUGUUGGAGUAUAUCCGCAAUAAUUCGUCGGUGGUUGGUGAUCAAGUUUACUUCAAAUCAGUCUCUGAAGUUGUCGUCGCCCAUAAGAAGCAGUAGGCAGUCAGCAUAUAUACAGUUGUUACAUGUAACGCUAGGUCACCCUUAUCCGUGGGGUACCAUCAUACAGUUGUUACAUGUAACGAUAGUUCACCUUUAUCCGUGGGGUACCAUCAUACAGUUGUUACAUGUAACAAUAGUUCACCUUUAUCCGUGGGGUACCAUCAUACAGUUGUUACAUAUAACUAUAGUUCACCCUUAUCCGUGGGGUACCAUCAUACAGUUGUUACAUGUAACGAUAGUUCACCUUUAUCCGUGGGGUACCAUCAUACAGUUGUUACAUGUAACGCUAGUUCACCCUUAUCCGUGGGGUACCAUCAUACAGUUGUUACAUGUAACGAUAGUUCACCUUUAUCCGUGGGGUACCAUCAUACAGUUGUUACAUGUAACAAUAGUUCACCUUUAUCCGUGGGGUACCAUCAUACAGUUGUUACCUAUAACUAUAGUUCACCCUUAUCCGUGGGGUACCAUCAUACAGUUGUUACAUGUAACGAUAGUUCACCUUUAUCCAUGGGGUACAAUUAUACAGUUGUUACAUGUAACGCAAGUUCACCUUUAUCCGAGGAAUACCAUUAUACAGUUGUUACAUGUAACGCUAGUAAACCUUUAUUCGAGGAGUACGCUAUAUCGGUUGUGUCUUAAGACAUGGUACUUUGGGAUAUCAAGGAUAACGAGCUUGCUGAGUGCAGGGCCGAAUAGAUCACUUCUGAGCACUAAAUUAACGCGAGUAUACUCAAAGUUGAUUGUGUAAGACCACAGCAAGUAAAUUUUAUGGAUGACAUACUAUGCAGAGUGCCAACGUAAUGAGAUAGCGCGAAAUAAACAAGACGGGUAAGAAAAAAACAAGAUGGCUAAAUUUUCAAAAUAGACACCAUAAACGUCGUAACAAGAUUUGGAGUGACAAAACGUGGCUAUCAAGGCAUUCAUUCCUGUAUUAAAGAAGUGAACUAGUGCAGUAAAAGUGAUACUAGUGUGGUACACUGGCAUCACGUGCCAAGCUGGCAGCUACAGUCAUGGCUUCCAUAUUGGUGGCACUUUUACAACUAUCCAACAAGUUUCACUUCUGCAACUACAGUCAUGGCUACCUCCCUAGUGUCACCUCUGCAAGUAUGAUUAUUAGGCUACAACACAACAUGUUUGCCUAUUUUGGUCUAUCUGACCAUCCCCGAAUUCUUAUUUUUAAAUCAGGCAAAAAUUAAUGAGCGCGCUGAUGUCAUCCAUAAAAUUUACUUGCUGUGGCCUAAACAGAUUUUUAGGGUACUCACGAUACUACUAUUCUCCAGGAACGUCGAAACCAUACUCAAGUCGACAAGAGUGUGCAAGUAGAUUAACCUCAUUGGUGUGUGUGUGUGUGUGUGUGAAUGGGGAUAGGUGGUUAGGACUUGAACUUUGAGCUUUAUUUAUAAAGUGUCUGACUUAGAAAUGUCUGGGGCCCUGAGAGUGGAUAGUAAAUGGGUUCUAAGUAUAAUUUUAAAGAUUAUCGUAGAAGUAAAAUUCUUGAGGGAGGGGAGAAGAACAUUCCAAAUAUUAAUGCAUUUGUAUAAAUAUACACUAGUUUUGCUCAUGCAAGGCGUUUUAGAUAAGGUAAAGGGAAUUGAUUUGAGCAUUGGUGAGUUUGAUAAUUGUGGAUCCUAGAGCAAAAGUUGUCAAAGGUAUCAUGUAGAGUAUGGUUUGUGUGUAGGGCUGUGAAAAGAGCAAGUUGUCAUCAUAAAUAUUCAAUAUUCUAAGUUUCUCAAAUAGUGGUGAAGAGUGGGUGUGGAAAUUGGAACCAGUGGCAAUGUGUAAGAUUUUUUUCUGUAAAAUCAUAUCAAUAAAGAGUUGACAAAUUUUG